UGAUUUUAAUGAAAUUUUGAAUAGAAAUUGUGUACACUUUUUUUCUGAAUAGAAUAGAGAUUGUGAUAAGAACAUGUUCUUAAAGAUAAUAUCGACUAAUUUAAGAGGUUCGAUUUCAACACGCAAUGCCUUGAAUAUUGCAUCGAAUACUCAAUCAUUUCUUGUAACGAACAAGAGAUUGCUUCAGUUAACCACAAUUCGUUGUUCAACCAGGCAAUAUUCAAUCGGAAAACCCACUUCAAUUAUUGGAAAAAUUACGAAUGAAAAUGAGAAUUUAUCACGAGAAGAGAUCCAUAUGCUGAACAAAGAUUCGGACAAUUUUGGAACAUUGUCAUCUUUUACGCCACAAAAUGUAGAAGAACCGGGACCACUAAAGAAAGAACCCAAAAGAAAGCCGGAAUCAAGACGAAAAUUUCCCGGCAAAAAGUGGAGCCAACAAAAUGAAAUCUUAUUAAAACAAGUGAUAAACGAGAAAGGUGUUCACGAAGCGAUUAAAAUUUUUGAAAAUCAAAUGCUGAAAGAAAGAGUUUUACCAGAAACUCGAAUUUUUGAAUGGCUUAUCGACGAAUGUUUACGUAUGAACAUUUAUGAUAAAGCAUUUGAAUUAUACGAACAAAUGAUGAGCCGUACCUUACGAGUUUCUCUAUCGACCAUUGAAAAAUUAACGCUAGCCCACGAAGCAGCUCGAUUGCAUAUUCAAAAAGCACAUACGAUAAGGAAAAUCAUAGCCGCACAACAAGAUAAACCAAACGCAGUCAUUUAUAAUGCAUUGAUUCGAAUUUAUAUUCGAGCCAAUAAAUCGUCAAUUGGCAUUGAUCUGGCCAAUGAAAUGGUACAGUGUGGAUAUUCAUAUGAACUUGAUACGUUGAAUUUAUUACUUGAGGGUUCUGCAUUUCAUGGAAAUGAUGGAUUUGUUCGUAUGAUAGAAUUAUGGCAUGAAAUUGUUCAAUUAAAUUACACACCAAAUGUUCAUACUCUAAAUGCAGUUUUAAACAACAUCCACAUGUGCGAAAUAGGCGAUAUCCAAAAACUCAAAGAGACAGUUAAGUCAAUUUGUUCAAAAUAUGAACAAAUUUCAGACGAAAAAAUUCAAAAUGUUGAGAAGCAAGUUUCGACCGAUGAUGGAAGACCAAAUUUAUUGAAAAAUCCACCAACUAUUGGCCAUCUUUUGCCACUUGAAUAUGUAACUACAGCUGAAAAGCGUCUUCUCCUCCUCGGUGGUUUAUCAGGAAUUUUUACAUUGAUGAGAAUACACAACAUUUCACCAACGCUUGAUACCGUCACAAUACUUUUGAAUCUUAUACCAAAUUCAUUUGUUGCACAACAAAAAGUUAUGCGGUUAUUGAAAAGACACGACAUCCUUCCAAAUGCGGAUAUAUUCAAUAUAUUGCUAACGCAAGUUUGUUUGCGACAAAACUUUAAUGAUGCACAGGAAAUCGUGGAAAUGAUGCGUUCUUUUAAUAUACAGAUGGAUUUAGUAACCUAUGCACUGUUCGCGAUGACCUGUAAAACAGCUGAAGAGGCUAAACAAUUCUUCUAUGAAGCUGAAAACAACAACAUAGAAUAUAAUUCUGAUAUAUUAAAUGCAAUGCUGAAAAAUGCGUGUGCUGCGCAGAAUAAUAAUUAUAUAAUAAGUAUUAUUCGUCAGAUGCAAUCUAAGGAAAUUGAACCGUUGGACGAGUCAGUGGAAAUGGUGGAAGCAUAUCAAAGGCAAAUUUUUCGUGAUAUGCGAGGAAAACGCGUACAUGAUAAACACACCCGAAAUGAAUGCUUCAAGCUAACACGAGAGUGCAAACAAUGGUUAAGACAUUUUCGAUUAGAUAAACGAACGAUCAACAAAAACCGAUUGAUUGAACCAAAAAAAUAUUCGAAAAAGUAUGAACAAAGAAAAAGCAAUGAGUAAAACCAAACAAUUGUCUUAUAAGACAGCAAACAAAAAUGUAACGUUUUUUAUCUAUUUUAACGUUGAAAAAUGUAACGUUUUCACCCAUUUCGGUGGUAAUUUUCGUGUCAAUGGAAAGUUGAUUAUAUGCAUAGUUUCCAAUAAAAUUGUUCAUUUAUUACGUUAA